AAACGACCAUGAGCUGUUUUGUCAUGAACCGCUUCCUCAGACGAUCACCCUGAACCGAGCAUUACGCUAAUCUUAGCUAUAUUAGCCAAGUUAGCUGUAAUUGCAGCUAACAGGCUAACGUUAAUCUUAGCUAGUAAGUACGCAGAAACCACUGCGCUAUUUGUGCCGAUUUAUUGAUGUUGUUCGAUGACCGUCGAGCAAACAAGCGCCGCAUUUAUUGAACAGUAACUGGAUUGAUAUCCUUCAGACGGGACCUCUUCCUCCACCCUGGGUAGCUUACUAGCCAUGUCCUCACAGCAACCCAACAGCUCAGCCUCCAACAGCCCCACCAACAUCUUGGGUUCUCCUUUCUCAGUCAUCAGUCCCUCACUUAACUCCCCAGGGGUCUCACCCUCACUCGGAUUUGGACCCAUCAGCAACAGUCAGAUCUCUUCUUCAGCACCUAUAUCAGGGAUGCACUCAAUCAGCAGCUCUGAAGAUAUCAAGCCUCCCUUUGGCCUGAGGCCUAUGCCAUCUCACAGCCCUGGAAUAAUGUUGUCUCAGAAACGCAUGUGUGUCAUCUGUGGAGACCGCUCUUCUGGCAAGCACUACGGAGUGUACAGCUGUGAGGGUUGCAAAGGUUUCUUCAAACGAACUGUACGCAAAGACCUUAGCUAUACCUGCAGAGAUAACAAAGAGUGCCUGGUCGACAAACGCCAGCGCAAUCGCUGCCAGUACUGCCGCUACCAGAAGUGCCUGGCCAUGGGCAUGAAGAGGGAAGUGAUCAAACAUGUAAAGUGGAUAAAAGAAGAUGGAAAAGAUGAGGGAUGGAUGACGGUCCAGGAGGAGCGCCAAAGGAACAGAGAGCGUGAAGAGGGGCUUGAGUUCAGCGUCGGAGUGAAUGAGGAGAUGCCCGUCGAGAAGAUUUUAGAGGCAGAAACUGCUGUGGAGCAGAAGACCGAGCUUCACUCUGAUGGUGGUUCUGCAGGCAACUCGCCCCAUGAUGCAGUUACCAACAUCUGUCUGACUGCGGACAAACAGCUGUUUGCCUUGGUGGAGUGGGCAAAGAGAAUCCCUCAUUUCUCUGAACUGCCCCUUGAUGACCAGGUCAUCCUCCUGCGUGCAGGGUGGAAUGAGCUCCUCAUUGCCUCGUUCUCCCAUCGCUCCAUUGGUUUGAAGGACGGAGCUCUCCUGGCCUCUGAGCUGCAGCGCGACAGUGCACACAGCGCAGGAGUUGGAGCAAUUUUCGACAGGGAGAGCGUGCAGAGUGCAGAGGUCGGCGCCAUAUUCGACAGGGUUCUCACCGAGCUCGUCAAUAAAAUGAGAGAUAUGCAAAUGGACAAAACGGAGCUGGGCUGCCUCCGAGCCAUCGUCCUGUUCAACCCAGAUGCUAAGGGGCUGUCCAACACUGGCGAGGUGGAGCUCCUCAGAGAAAAGGUCUAUGCAUCAUUGGAAGCCUACUGCAAACAGAAAUACCCAGAGCAGCAGGGAAGGUUUGCUAAGCUUCUUCUUCGACUGCCAGCACUGCGAUCCAUUGGCUUGAAGUGCUUGGAACAUCUUUUCUUUUUCAAGCUGAUCGGUGACACACCUAUUGACACUUUCCUCAUGGAAAUGCUUGAAGCUCCCCAUCAGUUGUCAUAAAUAGGAAAGGCGUACUGUGGUUAGGUUGAGAUAGCUGAAGUCUGGGAAGCUGGAGUGGGACUGGAGUGGCACUUUAAGUUCUUUGAAGAUUUGUCAAUUUGUCUCACUGCUGUCUGGGUUACACUAUUUUACUGCAGCACAGAUUUGCUCUUCAGACCAAACCGAAGGCUUGGCACGAUCUACAAGCUGGUGCUAUAUGUUGAAAUAACUUCAUGAGUAACUAUGGUUUAAACAAAAAAGUAUUUUUAAAAAUGUAAACAUAUACAUAUUUCCCUCACAGGAGCUAUAAUUUGGGUAUAACUUUUUAUAUAAGCUUUUUAGACAAAGUCUAACAUCAAGCUUCAGUUGUUUCUCCAACUGAACUGAUCCCCAAAACCUAUUUUUUAAAAGGAAGGACACCUGAAUCAUGUGUAAUGCAUUAAGGAAGCAGUCUUCUUUUUUUUUUUUUUUUUUAUCAUUUUUAAAUCAAGCCAGCUCUAAAAGAAUAUAAUUGUACCAAACAGUCACCUUGAGCGGUGUCCGAACGCAGCUCUGAGUUUACUUGUAUCCAUUGCAGAAGAUUAAAUCCUAACGGUGACCCUGUGAUAGAAGACGAGUCGGCGGUCGAUGCUGUCCGGUUUGACUUGUCCGUGUUGAUUGAGGGAUCAGCUUUAUGUGUCUGGUAAUAUACAGUUAGUGUUGUUUACUUCUUUGCCAUUUUAUAAAUCGAAUCACUUUGUGGUUAACGAUUAAACUGCACUGCACACUUGCUAUGUACUAUUUCUAAAACACUUUUAAAAUAUUGCCUGGCCUUUAAAUAGUCAGGCGUAUGUAUUUUGGUGCUAUUUCAGUAAUAAUUUGACAUAAUUGCAGAUGCACACCAAGCCACAAACCUAAGAAAAUAUGCAAAACUGAAAAUCCCUUUGUUAAUCUUUGUUAAAAAUGUAGCAAUAUAAAAUGUUAACUGCAUAAGAGCUUUCUGCCUGUCAGUCAUUCAGGGGUUUUACUAAGUAAAUCGUGUCUGGUGGAAAGGGAAUACUCCAUUUUGUAAUUUAUCUAUACAAUUCAAAGGUACUGUGCAAAAAUGAUUGUUCAGGGAAAAUGUAUAUUGACAAAUUUGAAUUAUGAUCAGGAUAUACAAUUCUAUAAUUCUUAAUAU